AUGGUGGAGGGUAACUCGACCACCGAGCAGUUUGACCACUGGAAAGAGCAGAAGAAUCGGAUCGAGAAGGAUGUUCACCGCACUGAUCGCACAAUUCCGUUAUUCGCGGGCGAGGACAUCCCUCAUCCAGACCCUGAUUCCCCCUUCGCAGAGACCGGAACCAAUGUGCACUUGGAGCAGAUGAAAGACAUGCUCCUAACAUACAACGAAUUGAACCCAGACCUCGGCUACGUCCAGGGAAUGAGUGAUCUUCUUGCACCAAUCUACGCUGUCAUGCAAGAUGACGCAGUUGCCUUCUGGGCAUUUGUCGGAUUCAUGGAGCGAAUGGAACAAAACUUCCUCCGCGAUCAGUCUGGCAUGCGUGGCCAGCUGCUGGCAUUGGACAACCUUGUCCAGCUCAUGGACCCACAGUUGUACCUCCAUCUUCAGUCCGCGGACAGCACCAAUUUCUUCUUUUUCUUCCGCAUGUUAUUGGUUUGGUACAAACGCGAGUUUGACUGGAGCGAUGUCUUGCGCCUGUGGGAGACUCUGUGGACCGACUAUUACUCGAGCAGUUUCCACCUGUUCAUUGCACUGGCCAUUCUCGAAAAGCACCGAGAUGUGAUCAUGGACCAUCUUAAGCAUUUCGAUGAAGUGCUCAAGUACAUCAACGAACUAUCCAACACAAUGGAUCUCGUUCCGAUUCUCACUCGCGCUGAAUCGCUCUUCAAGAGAUUUGAACGCUCGGUUCAGGCUAUUGACAAAAAAGACAAUUUUCCAGCUGCGCCAACUGCGCAUCAGCGUCGACCAGGCACAAGUCAAGAUCCCUCAAACAAGGGCAAGUCGCCCCAGCAGCCCGCCACUGGAACAAGCAGUGGAGUCAGUGGUUCAUCAUCACUUCAAAAUGCAGUAAAUGCCGACAAGCCGAAAGUGAUAUCUCCCGAACUCCGAGAGUUGCUUCGCAAAGAUAUUCCAUGGAGGCGACAGCAGAGUUCAUAG